GGAACCAGUCUAUUACAGCGCAUUAAAAUAUCCCGCGCCGGUGAAGUUGAAGUUCACAACACAUCGCCGUGUCUGGCUCUUGGCAUCUGUUUUUGUUGUUUUGUCAACCGAAUCAACAUCCAUAAAUAUUUACUUACGACAGUGAUAAACACGUGAAUCAUUCAGAUCCACAGGAUAUGAACGGAAACACAAAUCACACCAAUGAUGACCUGGCUUCAUCAUCUGCAGAGAAGAUCGCAAUAUUGGAUGCCGGAGCACAAUAUGGAAAGGUCAUUGAUCGCAAGGUGAGGGAGCUACUAGUCGAUACGGACAUUCUCCCUCUAGACACACCUGCCUAUAUCAUCAAAGAAAAGGGCUAUAGGGGGAUCAUUAUCUCGGGUGGCCCUAACAGUGUCUAUGCAGCAGACGCACCUGUCUAUGAUGCUGCAAUCUUCCAUUGUGGUCUUCCAGUACUUGGUAUAUGUUAUGGCAUGCAGAUGAUGAAUAAGGAGUUUGGUGGAACUGUGCAGAAGAAAUCAGUCAGAGAAGACGGACAGUUCACCAUUACUGCGAACACAGAUGUUAUGCUAUUCAGAGGUCUGGCGAAGGAGCAGACAGUACUAUUGACUCAUGGGGACAGCUUGAAUAAAGUAGCUGACGGUUUCACGGUGGCUGCCACAUCAGGCAAAAUCAUUGCAGCUAUUGCAAAUGAGGAGAAAAGAUUAUAUGGAGUACAGUUUCAUCCCGAAGUUGACCUGAGUGAGCACGGCAAGGACAUGCUGCAUAACUUCCUGUAUCGUAUCGCUGGCUUGGCAGGCACAUACACCAUCAACAACAGACAACAGGCGUGCAUCAAAGAGAUCCAUGAGAAAGUAGGCUCCAGUAAAGUCUUGGUCUUGGUGAGUGGUGGUGUCGAUUCUACAGUGUGCGCUGCAUUAUUGUCGAAGGCGCUUGAUGAGGAUCAGGUUCUAGCUGUACACAUUGAUAACGGUUUCAUGCGUAAACAAGAAAGUCAAUGCGUACAGGAAUCAUUAGAAAAACUAGGACUUCGUCUGAAAGUCGUGAACGCCUCCCAGUCUUUCUAUUGCGGGACGACCACCAUACCGUCGAAGAGGAACGAUCCCAAGUCAGCCAAGCGCCAGACUAAAAUGCUGAACACCACCAUUGAACCAGAGGAGAAACGGCAAAUCAUCGGAGACACGUUCAUGAGGAUCGCUGAAGAAGUUUGCGUGGAGUUGAACCUUAAACCAGAGGACACAAUACUAGCUCAGGGAACACUACGGCCCGAUCUGAUCGAGAGCGCCUCCCACCUUGCGAGUAGCAAAGCCGACGCGAUCAAGACGCACCAUAACGACACGGAGUUGGUUCGUCAGCUCCGGCGGGACGGUCGGGUCGUAGAGCCGCUCAAAGACUUUCACAAAGAUGAAGUCCGUGCUCUAGGCAGAGAACUUGGUCUUCCUUCAGAGCUUGUACAACGUCAUCCUUUUCCAGGUCCAGGAUUAGCAAUCCGAGUCAUCUGUGCCGAGGAAUCGUUCAUGGGAAAAGACUUCGUUGAGACUAAUUCCAUUUUGCAGAUAUUGGUGGAUUAUAAUGCUGCAGUCAAGAAGCCCCACGCCUUGAUGGGUCGCGUCACGUCUUCCAUGACAGACGAAGAGCAAGCGCUGCUGUGUUCUGUCACAUGUACUGAGCAGUACUUCGCUACGUUAUUACCCAUCAAAUCAGUUGGCGUUCAGGGCGACGGUAGGACAUACAGCUAUGUAGCAGGGAUCAGCAGUGAUGCUGACCCAGACUGGGACAAAUUGUUAAUACUUGCAAAGAUGAUCCCCAAACUCUGCCAUAACAUCAACAGGGUUGCGUAUAUAUUUGGCGAUCCAGUCAGGGAAAUGAUCACUGAUGUCACACCGACCUUCCUCACGCCCGGCGUACUGGGCACGCUCAGACAGGCCGACCAUCUCGCGCAGUCGGAACUUAUCAAAAGUGGUUAUUACAACAAGAUCAGCCAGAUGCCCAUCAUCUUGGUGCCGCUUCAUUUUGACCGCGAUCCCACAAUGCACCAGCCUUCCUGCCAGCGCAGUGUGGUUAUACGGACGUUCAUCACCAAUGAUUUCAUGACGGGGAUCCCAGCCCAGCCGGGCAAACAUCUACCAGAAGAAGCUCUGGGCAGGCUAGUUGAAGGUAUUCUCACCGUGCCUGGUAUAUCACGAGUCAUGUAUGAUCUGACCGCCAAGCCGCCAGGAACAACGGAAUGGGAGUGAUGGGUCACGAACUAUGGUUGUCUAAAGAAGUAUUAUUUGGAAAGUUGACUAUUUUUGUAGGCAGAAUGAAUUAAUUCAUCCAUCAAUAGAACAAUCCAUCACUAGAGACCACAGAACUGCCGGUGAAAAUUUAUUAUGUCGUAUUUCAAUAUAUUCUAUGGUCACAUACAUGCAUUCAAAAUGUCUACAACCAGCUUACUUAUGAGAAGUGUUGUACACAAGGGAAUGAGGAGUUAGUGCUCUGGUAAUUUGAUGUACACAUGUAGCUCUGUGGGUAUUGCCUACACAUGUACAUGUACAAAAUGUAUCCACGUGGCCUUAUCAUGUGAACGGUGAAAGAUCUGCCAUUUUGGACGUCUAGCGCAGCGCUCGAUUGAUUGAUCAUACAGUACAGUGGAACGCCGCUAUAACGAACAUCACGGGAUCCACAGAAAUUGUUUGUAAUA